GGACGACAUUGUGGUGGUAGCCCCAGGAACACAAUCCUCACGGAAUGUCAGCAAUGAUCCAGAUGUCAUAAAACUGCAGGAAAUUCCAACUUUCCAGCCCCUUUUGAAAGGUCUGCUAUGACAGAGAGGAUGGAGCUGGGAUGUUUAGCCCUCCCUACUGCUGGAAGAAAUUAUGUGGUGGUGUACAGCUGAGGGUUUAGGUCACUGAUUCAUGCAUGGCUGCCGGGAAGUUAUUGGAGCCACUUUGCCCUAAAGGCAUCACUAGAGGACUCCUCAGUGGGCAGACCUCUCCAACCAACACCAAGCUGGAAAAGCUGGACCCCCAGCAGGUGCUGCAGCUGUGUCUCCGUUACCAGGAUCACCUUCACCAGUGCGCAGAAGCCGUUGCCUUUGAUCAGAAUGCGCUCGUGAAGCGGAUUAAGGAGACUUAUCAAGUGACUGAUGUUUUAACUUCCCUACAAACUGUUGGUGAGCUUCAGUCCCUGAUACCCUACCAUUUGUCUGAGAUGGACCUCUCUGUGGAAACUCUUUACAGCUUCAUGCAGGAGCGCCAGAAGAAGUAUGCCAAGUAUGCGGAGCAGAUCCAGAAGGUCAAUGAGAUGUCUGCCAUCCUUCGCCGUAUCCAGAUGGGCAUCGACCAGACGAUCCCGCUGAUGGAGCGACUGAACAGCAUGCUGCCGGAGAGCGAGAGGCUGGAGCCCUUCAGCAUGAAACCUGACCGGGAGCUGAAGUCCUAGCUGACCCAGCAGGCUGCCCCUCCUCAUCUUCCAUGCUCCAGUGUUCAGCACAGACACGCUUCCAAUAGGCUGGAUUGGCAGAUGUUUGAAGCAGACAGCAGUGCUGCCUGACUCUGCCAGGGCAUCGGAGGAAGAACGGCAUCAGCUGCCAGAACUGCACAGCCAAGAAUCCAGGAGCUCCCCUGUCCUGUCGUCUGGAGAAGAUGAUUUACAUUUCUUUCAUCUCCCUUCUCUUGGCCUCCUGUCUCCUUUACCACUACCACCGCCUGUGCAGAGACAUUUGUUUCAUUGCUGUUGGGGUUUACAGAGGAGGAAUUUUCUUUCAUCUGAAUUUUUGUUUUUUACUAAAAAAAUUCAAAGGGAUACAGGGUGUGUGAACCUUCUGACAUGAUUUUUGUGCCACUGGGGUUUAGACGAUCAGAUGGCUGGAAGGUAUUUCUGACAUCCCCUGGCCUUGGAAAUACGUGUAUUUUAUAGGUGAAAGUGUAAGAACCAGGAACUGGCUUAUUAAAAUCUACCUAUUAUCAUAAUUAAUAUGGUUUGCAUUGCAGGGUUUUGGCAUGUCCUCGAGGCUCCUGUUUGUAUGGACUCACUAAUUUAUGAGCCUGUAAAGGAAUAACUGUUCUAGAUAUGUAUGUAGUUAAUGUUAAGCAAGCUUCAGUGUUCCUUUCCCCCUUGCCCUGGCAAUGUCCCCAUGCCCCAGCUGGUGGCAUUUCAUGUUCUUCUGACAGGCACUGGUACCAGCCUGCUCACUUUCCAUCCCAAAGUUGGACAUGAGGUGUCUUUUUUAUUGGGACGCUCCAGUUAUCUUGGUGCUGUCUUUUCUACCAGAGAGGUGCACUUGCUUCUUUACUGUCUGGGGUAUGGAGUGGAGAGACACAAGAAGUCCUUUGGGUCUUUGCACUGGCUUAGCUGCCAUUGUGCUGAGAGCUGGCCUAAGCGUGCUGUUUCAUGACUGAAACCACACGGCCUUUUGGGGACUGUUCUCAGCCACCUGCUCCAAAGGCAACAGGAUGUUCUUGCCUUCUCCCAAGGAAGCCAAGGGCACUGCUGGAAGGCAGGCAGCAUAUCCAUGCUGCCUGGCUGCUGGGCUGACCCACAGGAGACAGGGUAGUUGCCAAGUCUGUUGCUGGUCUGCUGGCUGCAGGCACUUUGCAGCACCUCUCUGAGCUUUGGUUUCCCCCUGUGUAAAACAGGGAUAUUUUACAUGCUGCUGUAAAAAUAUUUAUAGAUCUAGAAAUUGGGUUUAACAGCCUGCAUCACCAGUGCAUGGCAGCUCUUGUUGCAGCAGAAAGAGAAUGUAACCAGGAGUGAGGAGCCCUUGAUUUGCUGGGCCAGGGUAAGUUUGUGUCUGUUUUGUUGGACCCAGGAUGCUGUUGCUGGUGAGGAGGCUGAAGUGCCCAUGAACCCCGAGGGUGGUUGUAUGUCAGGAGUGCAGUUGCAGUGGUGAGGACGGCCCUCUUUGAGAGUCAGAGACAAACCAGCCUCCAGUACAGCACAAGGCUAGGUGACUUGCCAAAGGCAACUUGCUUUGAUACAUCUUGGUACUUAAGAGUAUUUAAUCAGCAAAAGGUUGUCUCUGAGCAUUUGGAAAUAAGAAUGCAGUAGGUUUUUGAUGAUAUUAAUUAUUGCCUGGUGGCAAGAAGCAACAGGCUGUUCUCUUGUUGCAUUCCCAAAGGCCAUGUAGUGUAGAGUGAAUUUUUGUGAUGCAGACUGCAGCAAACUGAUGUGCAUCUGAACCACAGUGGUGGUUGGACCCCAGGGCCUGCUGAACACUGUCUGAAAGCGGAGUCCUAUAGAAAUUAAGCCCCCUAGAAUGAUGCCCUGGGAAGAGCAAUUGACUGCUUCAGAGAGGCCAAGGAACUCAGCAGGAGAUUUUUUUAGCAAAGGCAGCAGAGUAGGCCUCCUUGCCUGCUGCUCCCACCCCAGAGGUUUUACACAGUAAUAUGUACGUAGGCAUAUGCUGUAUGUUGCAUGGGAUACAACAUCCUUGUUCAAGCUUCCUGCCCUAUUUUACACUUGGUUUGUUAAAAGCUUACAGUGUGAGACUUAACCCAUGAGAACCUGCUUGUCAUGGCCAUGCCCAGGCGAGUCGUCAUUGUCCAUCAUGGAAUGUGUCCCUGCCUUCUGCCAUCAAGACAUACAAGAAUAUUGAACUGCUUUAAAUAGCAGCUGCAGUAAUUUUUGUCCUGUUUGUCCAAAUGAUGCUGUCUGGAUGUUUAAAAUGGGCAACAUUCAGCUGUCUGCCAGACGGGAUCAUUUAAUAUCCCACACCCUGGUGUGCUGGAAGCCUAUGCUAGUGGGAAGAUCCUGAUACUGGAUCUCAAGGCAGGGCCCUUGAGAUGUUCUCUCCUGUAAGAUGCUCUCUCGCGUAAGGUUUCUAGACAUCUAGCCUCAUGCCAUUAAGUAUCAGAUAAAAGCAUUGCUCCAUGCAGUUCUAAUGAGGGCAAAUGAAUAGUGUUCCCAUCUGAAGGCUGCAGGACCGAGGGCUGCAAAUCAGUUCCUUCCUCAUUUGCUGAAAAACACCUGGGCAUUGGGCUGAGAAUGGGAGAAAAUGCUUGUUCCUAGGAACACUGGCUGUGCUGCUGGGCCUCAUAGGUAGAGCUUUCAAUACAGCAAGGGCAGAUUGUGAAAGACCUACUAGCUUAACUAGAAAGAAAUCAGAGCUGAAACGUGAAGGGGAACCUCUUCCAAAGCUCAUAUGUCAUCACCUCCGUUCCACAGGAUAGUCACUUGUAUGGGUACUGUAAGACAGCAUGCACCCUCUAACUGUUCUCAAGCAAUGGUUUACAGCUUUAUUUAAAACAUUGUCAUGGCCUUCAUUAACUGUAAGUCUUUGGCCCUCUUGCUGAGGGGAAGAUGCCUCAUGCCACAUCUUCUUGAGCUGCUGUUUGUUGCUUGGCUGCUCCUUGUUGCCUUUGCUCUACACGCUGCUUUCAGCUUCAGGUGCAGGUGAUGCUCAGGGUGAGACUGUUCUUCACUCCAUGCUGCUUAGCAGGAGAUUUGAGAUGUGACUGAAAUUACCUUUCUGCUUAUGAAUUUCCUUUUCCAAGCCAAAUGCUCUUGGAGGAGGCCUCAGGUAUCUUUCACAAAUGUGCUAGCUGUUACUUCUACCACAAAUUUAGUGCUAUGAACAGAGAAUAAUCUGGUGUGCUCCACUGAAACCAGACAUUUCUGCCCUUUUCUGCUUUCUGAAGUGGUGUGUGGUUUGGGGCACAAGGUAAGGUUCUUGAUAUGCAAUCUUCUGAAAAGCUGGGGAGGAGAGUGAGUCUCUGAGUCUGUGGUUCCCUGCUGGCCUGAACUGCUUUGGUCCUUCCCCUGACUGCUGUUGCAACUCUCCCCUUGUGCUGCCACUGGUGUUUGUUGCAUCCCACACUGGUCAGUGUGCUGCCUGUGCAGAAGAGAUUUGCUUUGUUCUGUUUUUGUAAUUGAAUGCAUUGACAGGGUGGUAAAGUGCCAACCUAUCUGCAGGGCAAUUUCUGUGAAGAUCUGGUGAAGGGGACGGAAAAGACUUUUCAUGUUUGUUUUUUUUAAGUAAAUGCAUUUUAAAUUAACUAUACUGAAAUAUUUAAAGUGUGUUUUUUUCCCUCCUCUAAGCUUUUACACAGAAAGAGUAGAAAUACAUGUUUUUCUCAAGCCCAUGCACUGUAUGAGCCAGCCCCUCUCUCUGACUGUGUGCCAGUGGUGUCCUGAGGUACCACUGUACUGUCCCUGCUGUUCCCAAGCUGCCAGCAUGCAUUUUGAUUCCCAACAUUAUGGCUGAGCGCUCCAUGGUUUAUGAGUGGUUAUCCUGUUUGCACAUUUGCUCUCUGUUCAGCUCCCUACAUGCUUACAUGUUCCACAGCUCCAGCAGUAAAACAUUUGGUGUGGCUCUUUCCCAAGUGUUUUGUUUCUCCAAUUGCCUUGCUUAUUUUUCAUUUUCAGUGCACCACUUCUUGCCGUGACCUAUGUGGACAGUGCUGAGCUUUGCUUUGUACCCAGAACCCACCUUCAUGCUGUGGACAUGGCUGGUCUCACUUGCCCUGGGGCUGCCCCUGCCCUGGGACUGUAAGGAAACGUAUCCCAGAGUGAAAAUAAAUGUUGGGUUUUCUUCCAGUACCA